CUGAAAACAUAUUGAAAACUCUCUCUUUCUUACUACACAGAGUGAAAAUGAUCAGUGGAAGGAAACUGAUUGCAAUGGCAAGGAAGUGGCAGAAGGAGGCCGCUUCAAGCAGGAGAAUAAUCUCUUUGCCGAGCGCCCAUGAGAAUUCGAAUGAUAUGCCGUUUGUAGCAGACAAGGGCCAUUUCAUUGUCUACACAGCUGACCGAAGGCGAUUCAUGGUGCCGCUAUCAUACCUCCACAACAACAUCUUCCAAGAGCUUUUCAAGAUGUCUGAGGAUGAGUUCGGGUACUCAUGUGAUGGACCCAUCACAGUUCCCUGCGAUGCAGCGGCUAUGGAGUAUGUUGUGUCCCUGGUUCAACGGGGCUUAGCUAAGGACUUGGAAAAGGCUUUGCUCGACAUCGUAGCUUCUAGUCGCUGCACAGCAGCAACUUCAGAUGAAAUAUGCAUGAGGCCUCAAGUUCUUGUUAGUGGCCACUGAGUCAGAUCACAACUGCUCUAAAUAUGAUGCGGUCUUGAUAGUUGUAUAAUAUCUUUUUCCCCCUCUCUUCCACUGUAAAGUAAAGCUGUAACCAUUUGUGCAUAAAGGAAAGGU